AUGGGAACAAUACUAGAAGUUUUGCUUCGAUCAUGUGCCAGUAAAUUGCAAGAUAUCAUUACUAGUGAGGCCAUACUAAUCUUGGGGGUGGAAGAAGAGCUCGAAGAAGUGUUGCGGCGAGUAGAACUGAUACGGUGUUGUAUACAUGAUGCUGAGAAAAGGAGGAUAAAAGAGCUGGCAGUAAACAAUUGGCUUGGUCAACUAAGAGAUGUUAUAUAUGAUGUUGACGAAAUCGUGGACGUGGCUAGAUGUAAAGGAAGCAGGCUACUGCUUGAUGAUCCUUCAUCACCAUCAUCAAGCAAAUCAACAGCAUGUAAAGCCCUUUUAGUUUCGUCUUGCUUCUGUAACAUCCGGUCACGUCGUGAUGUUGCUGUUCGGAUUAGAAGCCUCAAUAGAAAGAUAGAGAAUAUCUCAAAGGACAAGAUAUUCCUAUCAUUAAAUAGUAGUACACAACCUACAGAAAAUGGCUCAACAUCCAAACUGAAAAGAAGCUCCAAUCUUGUUGAGCCUAACCUUGUGGGAAAGGAGAUCAUACAUUCCAGUAGGAAGUUGGUGGACUUAGUGCUUGCACACAAGGAAAAUAAGUCUUACAAGCUUGCUAUUGUUGGAAUGGGCGGAGUUGGAAAGACAACACUAGCUCAGAAAAUAUACAAUGACACAAAAAUAAAAGGAAGCUUCAAGAUGCAUGCAUGGAUUUGUGUUUCACAGGGGUACAACGAAGUUGCUCUUCUGAAAGAGAUUCUCCGGAAUAUUGGUGUGCAUCAUGAACAAGGUGAAACCAUAGCAGAGCUGCAGAGUAAGCUUGCAGAAACAAUUGAAGGAAUGAGUUUAUUUCUGGUUCUAGAUGAUGUGUGGCAUUCCAAUGUGUGGAUGGAUUUAUUAAGAACUGCAUUACAUAAAACAACGUCCGGGGUAAUAUUGGUAACCACACGAGAUGAUCAAAUUACAAGGAGAAUAGGCGCAGAGCAUACCCAUCGAGUUGAUCUCAUGUCAGUAGAGGUGGGAUGGGAGCUACUUUGGAAGUGUAUGAACAUUAAGGAAGAGAAAGAAGUGCAGAAUUUAAGAAACAUAGGGAUUGAGAUUGUUCGUAAAUGCGGUCACCUCCCUCUUGCAAUCAAGGUUACCGCUAGUGCUUUGGCAAGCAGAGAUCUAACGGAGAAUGAGUGGAAAAAGUAUUUGGGCAAAUAUGCUGGUUCUCAGAGCAUGGUCUCUGAUGAAAUAGAAGGAGCUCUGUAUCUAAGCUAUGAUGAGUUAACACAUCGUUUGAAGCAAUGUUUCCUAUAUUGUGCUCUGUAUGCUGAAGAUUCUAUCAUUGAACGUGAUGAAAUUACCAGGUUAUGGAUUGCUGAAGGCUUCAUUGAGGAGCAGCAAGGCCAACUACUAGAAGACAUAGCAGAAGAGUACUACUACGAGCUAAUCCACCGUAAUCUCCUCCAACCAGAUAUCUUAUAUUUUGACAUGACUGCCUCCAAAAUGCAUGACCUCUUAAGACAACUUGCACUGAACAUAUCAAGAGAAGAAUGUUUUAUUGGAGAUGUUGAAACAUUAAGGGGUGCAAAUAUGUCAAAACUGCGACGCGUUACUGCUGUUACUAAGAAGGAUAUGUUGGUCUUAUCUAGAGUGGAUAAGGUGGAUGUUAAGGUCAGGACUUUCCUAACUGUCAAGGGUCCAUGGAGAAUUGAGGAUACAUUGUUCAAGAGAUUUCUGCUUCUUCGUGUUUUGGUACUGAAUUACACACUUGUGCGAAGCAUUCCAAACUAUAUAGGAAAAUUGAUACAUCUACGCCUACUAAAUCUAGAUUACACUCGCAUAUCUUGUCUUCCGGAAUCCAUUAGCUCCCUAAAGAACCUUCAAGUACUGAGCUUGAGAUGUUGUUAUGAUCUGCACAGUCUUCCUUCGGCAGUGACCCUGUUGAGCAGUUUAAGAUGUCUUGAUCUUCUUGGCACAAAAAUAAAUCAGGUUCCAAAAGGGAUUGGAAAAUUGAAGCUCCUCACUCAUUUAGGAGAUUGUCCUGUUGGUGAUGGAAGUGGUAAUGCUGUUAUACAAGAUGGAUGGAAGUUGGAAGAGUUGUCUUCUUUAUCGCAGAUGAGGUAUCUUUGUCUUGUUAAAUUGGAAAGAGCAGCUCACUGUAGUAGAAAUGCAGUGCUUACGGACAAAAGGCAUCUACAAAAACUAACACUAGAGUGGACUAAACGUGGAGAGGGGUCAUAUUCAAAAGAAGAUGUUAGUAAUACUGAGAAGGUCUUUGAGCAGCUAAUACCUCCGCACAACCUGGAAGACCUGUGUAUUUUACGUUUCUUUGGUCAGCAGUAUCCCACCUGGUUUGGUGCCACCUGUUUGUCUUCAUUAAUGUCCUUGAUCCUCAGGGAUGUACGAUCAUGUAUGGAACUUCCACCGAUCGGGCAGCUACCAAACUUGAAAUUUCUGAGAAUUGAAGGAGCACAUGCAGUUACCAAGGUUGGACCUGAAUUUGUUGGCUUCAAGAAGGGUGAUCCUGUGUGUAAUGAUUUUGUUGCUUUCCCUAAACUUGAAUGGUUGUUGUUCAACGAUAUGCCCAACUGGGAGGUGUGGUCUUUUUUUGAGGAAGAAGUUGCUGAUGAUGGAAUGGGUGAGGAUGGAGCUGCUGAGAUCCGCAAAGAGGAUGCGCAAUCUGCAAGGUUGAAAUUGCUGCCUCGUUUGUUGGAAUUGAAACUUCACAGUUGCCCGAAGCUGAGGGAUCUCCCGCGACAGCUUGGAAAGGAUACCGCCUGUUUGAAGGAGCUCAGUUUAAGAAAACUAAACAAGUUGAAGGCUGUGGAGAAUUGCCCAGUGCUCCCUGAGGUCCUUCUUAUUGGGUAUUGUGAAGGCCUGGAGAGGAUCUGCAACCUCCCUCAAGUGUCUGAGCUGCGUGUAUUUGGCUGUCCGAACUUAUGUCAUGUAGAGGGGCUGGGCAGUCUGCAACAGCUGUGGCUGGACGAGGAUAUGCAAGAGGUCACUUCCCGCUGGGUGCCUGGGCUUCAAGAGCUGCACCGGCAACUUCAUGGCGAAGACCUGGAUGUCUACACUAUCUAG